UGGUGUCGUGUCGUUUUGCAGUGCAGUGACUAAACAAUAAUAAAAUAAGAAAGAAUAUUCAAUUAAUUGAGUAUAUAAUUGGUCAAAUGGUGACACGUAUGCGAUGACAUCAUUUUAACUCAUUACCAAUAGUGUUUGUACAAGUAAGCGGUGUAAACUUAAAUAUAAAAAGUGCAUACGAACUCGAUAUCCUACAUUUGUUUAUUUUACCCAGAAAACUACAUAAAAAUUUAUAAAAAUGACUGAAUUUAAUGAGUUCUACUACGGAAUACCAUUCUUUACACGAUAUUGGUUGACUGCCACUGUAGUGAUCAGUAUUUUAGCUAAAUUCGGUUUCUUCAAUCCAUUACAUUUGAUUUUAUUAUGGACGCCGUUCUAUUCCGAGUUCCAAAUAUGGCGCCCUCUUACAGCUCUAUUCUACUUCCCUCCGAGCUUCCCGUUCCUUGUGAACUGCUACUUCCUGUACAGCUACUCAGAGCGACUGGAGACGGGCAUGUUCGCCGGCAAACCCGCCGACUACUUUACCAUGCUAGUGUUCAACUGGCUGGUGUGUGUGGUUAUUGGAUUCUUGAUUAAUAUGCCGCUAUUAAUGAUCCCGAUGGUGAUCUCAGUGCUGUACGUGUGGUGCCAGCUGAACAAGGACGUAAUAGUCACCUUCUGGUUCGGGACGCGGUUCCGCGCCAUGUACCUGCCGUGGGUGCUGUUCGCGUUCAACCUUAUUGUCAGUGGAGGUGGAAUCGCCGAAUUCAUCGGUAUCCUGGUGGGCCACCUGGCCUUCUUCCUACUCUUUAAGUAUCCUCAGGAGUUCGGCGGACCCACGCUGCUCUCACCACCAGCUAUUGUACGGAAAUGGUUCCCCAACUCGCGGACGACGGUGACCGGAUUCGGGCGCCCCGAGCAGGCGCGCGCGCGCAGCCCCGCGCGGGGCCAGCGCAACUGGGGCACGGGGUACACGCUCGGGGGAAACUGACUACGAUUGGCCGUUUACCCUUGUUGAUCUAA